AUGAGAAUAUUUCGAAAAUUAAAAAAACUUAGUUGUCUUCAUGGAUUAAAAGAAGAUAAUACAUCACGUUCGUCGAAUCAUAGACAUCGAGUAAGAGAUAAAACUGUACCAUCAAAUAUUCAUUAUGGUCAAUUACCACGAAGUUUUGUUAAUGCAGCUGAUUUGGCUAGAGAAAAAUCUGGUUAUGAUCCUAUUCCAACUUUUCAUCGUAGACCGGAAUUAAGAAGUGAAGAAAAUCUUAGAAAUCAAAAGUUUGAUGAUGAUUUUCCUUCAUUUAAACGAAGUCAAUCAAAAUCUCGUGAACGAACAUUUGAUCAUUCAGCACAAGAUAGUUCAUCUCAAAAUUCUCUCCAUAGUUCAGAUGGUAUUCCAGUUAAAUUUCGUCGACGACCUGUACCACCUGAAUCAUUACGACCAUCUAAUUCAUCACCAUUUCUUUCUCAACAACAUUCUGUACCUCCUUCUUCUAAUAUGAAUUCUCAAUUUCAACAUCCAAAACAAUUUCAACAUCCACAACAAUUUCAACAUCCACAACAAUUUCAGCAUCCACAACAAUUCCAACAUCCACAACAAUUUCAACAUAUGGCCAGAUAUCCACAACGAAACAUGAGGAUGCCUUCUCACGCUCAAUUUUUUCCUCAAGUUCAACAAUCAUUUCAUCCAAUGGUGCAUCCUAAUGCAAAUAUGCAAGCUGGAUUUAUGAGACCACAACAACCAAUAUAUCCAUUCCAUUGA